AUGUGCAGUCGGAGGAAGAUCGUGUACAGUCUGUUGGUAUUAUCCGUGCUGCAGGUGGGACUCGGAGCGGCCAGCGUUGCGCUCGGUGCAGUGGCGAUCAGCAGAGCCCGAGCCGAACACAGGACCCAGCAGGGCCACGCGUCACCCGUGUGGAGCGGGGUGUGUUUUCUUGUCUGUGGACUCUGUGGGAUGCUGUGUGCAAGAAAAAGGACCGGCCUGCUUAUGAUCCUGUUCUCAGCCUGCUGCAUUUGUGGUCUGAUCGGUGGGAUCCUUAACUUCCAGUUUGUCCGGGCGCUAGUAAAAAGACCAGACAGGGUACAGUCCUUACACAUGGCCGCCAUGACUCUUGCAUGUCUGGGCAUCAGCAGCUGUACACUUUCCACGUGGCUGACGUGCCGGCUGGCCAGCAGCGAGCAGCAGCGAAUGUUCCUGGAGCGCGAGCACUCACUGCAUCACUCACAUGAGAUGACUGAAAAGGUAGAGUUAAAGCAGGAAGUUUUGGAUACCUCAAGCAACGGCAUCUCACAAAUUUCUUACAAUGGACGGAGUGCAUCGCCAUGACAUACCAGUAUUAAGUGAAAUAAUGACUUCACAUUCUUGGCAGGACUCUCCUAAUGUUCAAGGAUGAGUGGCACUGACAUGGUGGAGCUGACAGCCAUUAUUGGGACAUUGUGCAUCUCUUUUUGCUCAUUACUCACCUCUGUGGACUGAGCACCAAACAGCGUUCAGGCACUUGAUGCCUCAGGACAAGCCAUUAGUAGAGCACACUGAUGAUAAGCACAGAGCAUUGUAUCAAGGAACACAGAAUAAGCAUGUCAUGUAUUUAUUUUAUCUUAUAUUAUUUCUUCUCCUCCUGCUUCAUCCUUUUAUUAUUUCUGUUAAUAAUAUCUGGGAAUGUUAAUAUGUAUGUCAUACUGAA